AUGGCUUACAAGCACGAGCCGCUCCCAGACAAUGAAAGGUUCAUCAGGCUGGUCUCGAUCCAGCCCGGCACCGCCGAAGCGGACAUCGUCGUCUACCUCGUCAUCGCGCCCUUCUCGGCGCAAUAUCCCCCUCGCUACGAAGCGCUGUCCUACGUAUGGGGAACAACAGACCACCCCGAGACCGCGUACGCGACGUCACUUACGAGCAGCGGCCGCUGGCCGCCGCCGUCCGGGACGCUCUCCAUCACGCGCAACCUCGCCGUGGCGCUACGCCAUCUCCGCCGCACCGACGCGCCACGCGUGGUCUGGAUCGACGCGCUGUGCAUUGACCAGGCCAACGACGCCGAAAAGGGCCCGCAGGUAGCGCUCAUGGGCGAGAUCUACCGGCGCGCGACGCGGGUGGUGGCCUGGCUCGGCCCGGAAGCCGACGGCAGCGACCGCGCCAUGGCC